GCCAUAGCAGUUACCACGUUCAUCAUAUUUCUCACUGUGACUAGCUUCUUUUCUGGAUUCAAUUGGUAACACUUCCACCAUUUUUGGCUAAAGCACUUCUACCCGACCUAUCGAUAAUCAAGUCAUUAUUGGACCUUCAAAUCAAAGCUUUUAUAAUCAUACUGACUGGUAAAAUGACUCAAGAGUAUACUAUUGGAGGUAGCUUGCAAGAGGGUCUACAAGAUGCAGCUUCAGUUGGACCUUCAAAUGGUUUCAAGAUUAAUGCAAAUAGUGCUCUUCAAAUUUCAUCAUCGCAAAGGGGACUUCUAAGCGAUAAAAGUCAUCAUAGAGGAAAACACAGAAUGUUGACAUCUAUUGCUAAUAUCUAUAAAUUCUCACAUUUUGUGCCUUCAUCUGUCAAGGAAAAUUUCAGAAAACCUUUUAAUUGUGUUUUUUCCCAGAUUGAUUGGCAAUCUCUCAGGAGAAGCUGCAAGCAAUGGAUUAAGAAUCCUUUGAACAUGGCCCUUCUUUUAUGGAUAAUUUGUGUAGCUGUUUCAGGAGCUAUUCUUUUUCUUGUCAUGACAGGAAUGUUGAACAAAGUCCUCACAAAGCAGUCACAGAGGAACUCAUGGUGUGAGGUCAACAACCAAUUUCUCAAUGCUCUAUUUACUCUCAUGUGUCUAUACCAACAUCCAAAGCGGUUCCACCAUCUUGUACUUCUCUGUAGGUGGAAGCCAAAGGACAUUAUAAUCCUAAGAAAAAUAUAUUGUAAGAAUGGCACUUGCAAGCCUCAUGAAUGGAUCCAUAUGAUGGUGGUAGUUGUGUUACUCCAUGUUAUUUGCUUUGCUCAGUAUGCCCUUUGUGGCCUUAACUGGGGUUUCAAUAGAUUUGAAAGACCUGUUGUUGGGGUUGGUAUAUGCAUCUCCAUUGCAAUUGCUGCUUCAGCAAUUGCAGGAGUAUACUGCAUUGCCAGCCCUCUAGGCAAGGAGUAUGAAAUUGAUGAAGAAGCACAGAAUCAUAUUCCCACUAAUAACACAUUUGCGACAAGAAAUGAUCAUAGUCUUGUUGAGUACACACCUCAAUGGAGAGGGGGACUAUUUGAUUUUUUGGACAAUCUUUCUGUGGCAUGUCUUGCUCUCUUUUGUAGCUUUUGUGUCUUUGGAAGGAAUAUGGAAAGACUUCAUUUUGGUAACAUGUAUGUCCACAUUGCAACUUUCCUCCUCUUCUGUGUGGCUCCCUUUUGGAUCUACAAUGUGGCUACCUUGAAUAUUGAUGAUGAGUCUGUGAGAAGAGCUUUUGGGUUGAUGGGUAUAUUGCUUUGUGUGUUUGGUUUACUCUAUGGUGGCUAUUGGAGGAUUCAAAUGAGGGAGAGAUUUAACUUGCCACCAAAUAAAAUUUGUUGUGGGAACCCAGCAAUGACAGAUUGCAUACAGUGGCUAUUUUGUUGCUGGUGUUCCCUUGCACAGGAAGUAAGAACUGCAGAAUUCUAUGACAUAGUUGAUGAGAAAUUUUUCAGCAAAAGACAGACUGAAAGUUGUGUUCAGCCUGCACUGAACUCAUUGCCUGCUGAAGAUAAAGCUCCUCAUGUUACAUCAAUGUCCACUUCAUUUUGGAGCAGUCAUGGUUUGUCUAAGAUCUGGUCUGAAGAGUCAAAAGAUUAUUCGAGAGAAAAAAAGCAAAAUGUUAUGGAAGCGCCUAUUCCUCUAUCAAUUCAAAUAGAUGACAAUGACAGCAAAAGAACAUAGAGAGGGGAAACCUCAAAAUGCUUUUAGAUGUCAAAUCCAGGUUAAUAUUGUUACUGUAAUGUUAAUUCUGAUAAGUCAUGUAUGCAUUCCAAAAUAGACUUUUACAUUGUAAUAUUUAAACAUCAAUUUUCGAAUCAGAUGGUAAC